AUGUCCCACUUUGGGUCGCAACAACGUGUGCUCACCCCCAACGGAACUCACCUCGUCGAACACAAGCCCUCGUCCUCGGCGGCGCAUCGCUCGCCCGUCAAGCCGACCGCGCACUCGACCUCGUCCUCGGCGACAUCUUCGCCGUGGUUGAAGGAGAACUCGCACCGGCAUUCGAUUGCCGCGCCUACCAAGCUCAACAUCAGCACGACCAUGAUGAACACCGCCACCCACAAUGUCGCCACGGCGAACGUGAUCGUGCAACCGCAGAUUUAUCGUCACCCCAAUAGCCCGACGCCGUCCUACAUCUCGUCGCAGCUAUCCGCCUCGGCCUCGGCCACCAAGGGGCUCGAGGCGAAAACCAGUCGCUCGUCAGCGUCGUCGUCCUCGGGCGGCGCGCUCUCGCCGCUACCUUCCCCUGGCCUCUACACCCGCUCUCCCGUCCUCGGCUCUACACCUGGAUUCGAGAAUCCGAAUCGCUACCAUCGCCCCGCUGGCGCCGGUCACUCGACCGAGCCGACCAUGACUCAACUUCUCCACGAGCAGCCGACGGGCAUGGCCCACUACUCGUCGAGGGCCUAUGACCGCGACUCAACCAUGGCCAAUGCAACAGGAGUAGUCAGCUGGAGGAAAGGGCAGGGUUUCAAAGAGUGGGAGAAGGCGAGGUUGCAAAGCACAGAGGUCAAGCGAAAAGCCGACGUGGCUCAGUUGUGUAAGCCCGAGCGGUCGGAUUGCAUGGCAUUGCACCUUUCACACGAGACUCACUCCCAGCAUUUUGUCCCUUCUUACAACAGAUUUCUACGACCACUACUUUGACCUGUUGACCUACCUCCAUGCUCGCAAACAACGCCUUGCCGCGUUCAGAGACUCUGUCGCUCAGCGCCAGCUUUCCCCCACUGAGGAGCAAGCCGAGUGGACGUCGUACAGUGGUCGGGAGCGUGUCUUGUUGCGUAAGAGACGGACUAAGCUCAAGCUUGACCAGUUCCACAUUGUCACCCAAGUAGGCCAAGGUGGCUACGGCGAGGUCUACCUCGCGAGGCACAAGGAAACCAAUCAGGUCGUCGCGCUCAAGAAGAUGCGCAAGAAGACUUUGCUCAAGAUGGAUGAGAUCCGGCACGUCCUCACUGAACGGGACAUUCUCGCUUCGACGAACUCGCCUUGGCUCGUGCGGCUAUUGUAUGCUUUCCAAGAUCCGACGUUUGUCUACCUCGCGAUGGACUUUAUCGCCGGCGGAGACUUCCGGACACUGCUCAAUAACUCGGGCGUGCUCAAGGAAGAACAUGCUCGAUUUUACAUCGCCGAGAUGUUCUGUGCCGUCGAUCAGUUGCACAAAUUGGGUUACAUCCACCGAGAUCUCAAGCCCGAGGUGAGCAGAGGACACUUCAUCAUUUCCUACCCUCAGUCACAGCCAUUGACGGGGUCCCUCUGUAUUUUAGAACUUCUUGAUUGACCCCAGCGGUCAUAUCAAGUUGACCGACUUCGGCCUCGCCGCCGGUGCCUUGAACCCAGGCAAGAUUGAGAACAUGAAGCAUAAGCUCGACGAGGUCAAGGACACCGAGCUUAUCUACCGCACGACGUUCGAGAUGAAGUCGAUCUACAAGUCGAUCCGCAUGGCCGACCCCCGCUACGCCGACUCCGUCGUCGGUUCGCCCGACUACAUGGCGAUCGAGACCCUCCGAGGUCACUCGUACUCGUUCUCUGUCGAUUACUGGUCGCUCGGGUGCAUCCUCUUUGAAUUCCUCGCUGGCUUCCCACCCUUCUCCGGAGCGACCGCGGAGGAGACGUGGGCAAACCUCAAGAACUGGAAUCGAUGCUUGAGGAGACCUCACUACGACCGGCCAGAGGAUCGCAUCUUCAACCUGUCUGAUGUAGGAUGGUCCGCCAUCACAGCGCUCAUCGCGCACAAGGACCGUCGGCUAUCGACCUUGGACGAGGUCCAGCGUCAUCCCUUCUUCCACGGCCUCGAAUGGGGCCGACUAAGGGACAAGAAGGCGCCUUUCGUCCCAGCUUUGGACUCGGAGGUCGAUGCGGGCUACUUUGAUGACGUGAGUAUCACACUUUUCUGAAGAUUCCGGCUACCAACGUCGUUGACCCAAAUUGACCCUCUCAGUUCUCCAACGAGGCCGACAUGGCCAAGUAUGCCGACGUUCGUGAGAAGCAACGCAACGUCGACCGAGUGCGAGAGAAGGAGGAGAAGUUCGGCCGGGGUGUCUUCGUCGGAUUCACGUUCAAGGCCAAGCGCGACGAAGUGGUCGACCUUGUGGCCCGUGCCCACGUCGAUGACGACGACGAGACCUUGCAGACGCUCUUCUGA